GGCACAGCAGAAGAAUCUCGAGGGAUACGUCGGCUUCGCCAGCCUCCCCAACCAAGUCUACCGGAAGUCUGUGAAACGGGGUUUUGAGUUCACACUAAUGGUUGUGGGUGAAUCAGGCUUGGGCAAGUCCACGAUGAUUAACUCUCUCUUCCUCACCGAACUGUACUCCUCAGAACACCCGGGUCCGUCACACCGAGUCAAGAAAACCGUGCAGGUCGAGCAGUCUAAAGUGUUGAUGAAGGAGGGUGGUGUUCAGCUGCUGCUCACGAUGGUGGACACUCCGGGGUUUGGAGAUGCUGUAGAUAACAGUAACUGCUGGCAGCCGGUCAUCGAUCACAUCGACAGCAAGUUUGAGGAUUACCUGAACGCAGAGUCGCGUGUUAACAGGAGGCAGAUGCCCGACAACAGAGUUCACUGCUGCCUGUACUUCAUCGCUCCCUCAGGACACGGACUGAAGCCGCUGGACAUCGAGUUCAUGAAACGGUUGCAUGAGAAGGUGAACAUCAUCCCUCUGAUCGCCAAGGCAGAUACGCUCACUCCUGAAGAGUGCCAACAGUUUAAGAAACAGAUCAUGAGAGAAAUCCAGGAGCACAAAAUCAAAAUCUACGAGUUUCCGGAGACCGACGACGAAGAGGAGAACAAGCUUGUGAAAAAGAUCAAAGAUCGACUUCCUCUGGCUGUAGUUGGCAGCAACACCAUCAUCGAAGUGAACGGGAAGAAGGUUAGAGGGAGACAGUACCCAUGGGGCGUGGCAGAAGUUGAGAAUGGAGACCACUGUGAUUUCACCAUUCUGCGGAACAUGCUCAUCAGGACUCACAUGCAGGACCUGAAGGACGUCACCAACAACGUCCACUACGAGAACUACAGGAGCAGGAAGCUGGCGGCCGUCACCUGCAACGGGAUGGACAACAACAAGACCAAAGGACAGCUCACCAAAGCUGACUCGGUUGAAGGCAUGAGCCCUCUGGCACAGAUGGAGGAGGAAAGGCGAGAGCACGUGGCUAAGAUGAAGAAGAUGGAGAUGGAGAUGGAGCAGGUGUUUGAGAUGAAAGUCAAGGAGAAAGUCCAGAAGCUGAAAGACUCUGAGGCAGAGCUGCAGCGGCGUCACGAGCAGAUGAAGAAGAACCUGGAGGCUCAGCACAAGGAGCUAGAAGAAAGGAAACGUCAGUUCGAGGAGGAGAGAGUGAACUGGGAGACCCAGCAGCGCCUCCUCGAGCAGCAGAAACUCGACGCUUCCAGGACUCUGGAAAAGAAAGCGAAAAAAGGGAAGAUAUUUUAAAAACCGCUUGCAAGACAACCGUGUUGUUCAUCGCCGCUUCCCCUGAGCUCCUGAUAUCCGCCAUAAACGCCACAUUCGGCUCACAGCUGGACGCAUACACACAGCUGGGUGUGGACUAAAGCCAAACCCUUAUAAAUGUGCAUACACACACACACACACACACACGCCAAAAUCUGUACUCUUAUAGUGUUUUCCCACCUGGCCUCCGAUGUCAAUGAUGGUUUUCUGUGAUCGUUGUUGCCAUGGUGUCAAAAACAAAAAAAAAAUGUAAGGGUUUUUAUAUAUAUAUAUAUAUAUAAAACCAUAAGGAGUAAGACGGAGUGGAAACGCAAACUAGGCCACUCCGGGGCUGUUAAUUAAAAGUGUCUUUAUCCUCAGACCACUUCAUUAUAGCUUCAUUAAUAUUAAUAUUUCAGCUAGUUUAUUUUUAUAUAUAUAUAUAUAUAUGUAUGUAUGUGUAUCCGGAGCCAGUUAAAGUCCUAAACGUUUUUUUUCCUAUGUUUGAUUACUCAGACGGUUUUGUAAAAGAUUUGACAUCAUGUUCAGGCGAUCGCUGUGAUGAAACAACAGCAAAUCCGGUGUAAUGCAUUCUAUGGAAAAAAAGUAACGCGUAUUUUUUCCCCCUUUGGUUAUAUGUAUUCCUUUUCUGUAUUUUUUUUUUUAUUUUGUUAUUGUACAGUCACUUAAUAAACGUGUGAUAUGGAGUGAGGUAAUGUUACAUACUGACAUUUCCACAGUCGAAGCAGUAUUCCAUUGUUUUUCAUUUUUAUAAUACUGUCUAAUUGAUUUUACGGUGGAACUCAAAAUAUUCUUCAGUAAAACCCAUCUGGACAACAAA